AUGUCUCCGCGCACGCUGCCGCCACGGCCGCCGGGCCCGACGCGGCGCCUCACGAUGGCGCCCAGCCCCGGCCCCAGCACCGGCGCGGUGCCCGCCUCCAAGCGCCGCCUCGACUUCCCCCAGGCAGCCGCCGCGGCCACGCCCCCGCGCUCGGCCAAGCGCCGCCGCCCCGCCAACCUCUUCGCGGCGGAGGACCUGGUCCAGCUGGUCGGCAGCAUCCGCCGCGACCUCGCCCGAGUCCACGCGGGCACGCCCUCCGCCUCCACUCGCAGCCUCCUCCCCCGCUCCCCGGCCACACCGAUGAGCAGGAGCGGCAGCCACCUCCUCCUCCGCUCCCCGGCCACCCCGAAGAGCACCAACACCCGCCACCUCCUCCAUUCCCCGGCCACCCCGAGGAGCGCCGCCCGCCGCCUCCGCGUCCCCACCGCCGCAGCGCGCCAGGAGCGCCCGGUGGAGGCGGUCGCGCGCAUCCGGAGCCUAACCUCUGCCGACGGGAGCGCGGAGUCCGCUCUGGAGGUCGUCGGCGGCGGGACGUCGGUGCGCGUGCGCCACGCCGGCGCGUGCCGCGAGUUCGCGCUCGACGGCGUGUCGGCGUCGGCGGACGAGGGCCUGGAGGCCUUCUACGCCCGGUUCGUGCGGCCGAGGGUCGAGGGCGUGCGCGCGGGCGCCAAGUGCACCGUCAUGGUCUACGGGCCCACGGGCUCCGGGAAGAGCCACACUAUGUUCGGCUCGGACGAGCAGCCCGGCGUCGUGUACCGCGCGCUCACGGACGUCCUAGAGGGAGGCGGCGACGGCGACGGCGAGAGCCUCGUGAGGGUCUCCGUGCUCGAGAUCUACAAUGAGCAGGUCUACGAUCUGCUCGCCGGCAGCGGAGGAGCCAAUCCCAAGGUAAGGCUAGAACUGAUGGGAACAAGAGCCAAGAAUGCAGCAUAUAUAUCUGGAAAUGAAGCAGGGAAGCUAUCAAGAGAAGUCGCCGAUGUGGAGAAGCGGCGCGCUGCGAAGGGCACGAGCUGUAACGCGAGGAGUUCGCGGAGCCACUGCAUGAUAAUCUUGGAUGUGCCAUCAGUAGGAGGAAGGCUCAUGCUCGUGGACAUGGCUGGCUCUGAGAACAUAGAAGCUGCAGGCCAAACUGGACAUGAAGCCAAAUCUGAGACGGGAAGAAUUAAUCAAGGGAACACGACGCUGAAGCGGGUGGUUGAGUCGAUUGCCAACGGUGACUCACAUGUCCCAUUCCGGGACAGCAAGCUCACAAUGCUACUACGGGACUCAUUCGAUGACGAGGGAUCCAAAAUCCUCAUGAUCCUGUGUGCAAGCCCUGACCCAAAGGACCUCCACAAGACGAUCUCCACCCUGGAGUAUGGAGCCCGAGCGAAAUGCACCCGUGCAGCAGCUCACGCCUCGACACCGUCGGGCAAGAUGAGCUCCAAAGACGCCGGGUACGAGAUGCGGUUGAAGGACGAGGAGAUUGCACGUCUGAGGAUGAAGGUCAGGUUGAUGGAAGCAGCCGCGAAGGAGGAAGAGAUCCGCGUGAAGGCCGUAGAUGAGGAGACCCGGGUACUGAGAAGUGAGAUGAGGAUGAUGGAAGAGAAUAUGCUUAUGCAGCACCAGGAGCUCCUUGCUGUGAAUCAGCGGCUGCAGCAGGUGGAGCGCGAGAAGCUCGACGUGGAGGAUGAGUCGCACCUGGCCUGGAGGGUCAUGAUGAAACUUGCAGUCUACUUGCAAAACCUGGGCAGCCCACUUGAGUGAUGGAGAGGUCUAACUGUCUAGGAAGCUCUGUUGCUUUCAGUGUUCUUUCUGGUAGGGUUGUU